UUUCACAGGAGCAUGAUUGUAAAAAUAACAUUCAGGCUCAUAUAAUAGGACAGAUACCCAAAAGCUCAGUGAAAGAGACCUGAAAGGAGUGGCAGUUGAAGCGUUAAGCAGCAUCAAGAGAGAACUGCAAUGCUCCAUAAAUCAGCCAAAACUCAGGGUUAAUUGUGUGUUAACUCACAACAAAUCCCAAUCCCCUAUUGUCCCACUGUUCACUAACUUCUAUCGGCUGUCAAUUAUUUAUUAUCUUAUUCGCUCAUGAGGCAUGGGCAUCACUGUCAUUAUUUAUGGCCUGUCCAUAGUUGCUCCUUGAGAAGGUGGUAGUGAGCUGCCUUCUUGAACUGCUGCAGUCCAUGAGCUGUAGGUUGAUCCACAAUGCUAUUAGGGAGGGGAUUCCAGGAUUUUCCCACUUGUUGAAGAAGCCAGAAAGAGAAGGCAUAGAUUAAAAGUGAAAUGCAAAGAGAGUAAGGGUGAUGUGAGAAAUAAACUUUCUCACACAUUGAGUAGUUAGGCUCUGGCCCAGAAUGUGGUGGAGGCAGGUUCAAUUUACACAUUCAAGAUGGUAUUGGAUGAUUUCUUGGGACAAAAAUGGUGUGGAGGGAGAUGAAGAAAAGGCAGGACAUUGCCACGAGAACAUAAAACUGGAGCAGGAAGCAGUCCCUGAGAUACUCGGAGCCAGCAGCUUCCCAUUCACUCCCUGGAAAACAGUCUCCUUGUCCAGGUGCGGACACUCCAGGUGGGCGAGGACGUGGACGGAAAUCAAGAGGAUGUCCCAAUAUUCCAGGAAUCUGGGAUGUACCUCGUUGGAAGUCAGGACAGGGACCACGAUAAUCGCAGUGGAAUUUGAUGGCGGGGUGGUGAUUGGCUCCGAUUCUCGUGUCUCUGCUGGGGAGGCGAUCUGUAACCGUGUGAUGAACAAGCUGUCCCCGCUGCACGAUCGGAUUUACUGUGCCCUGUCCGGUUCAGCCGCCGAUGCCCAGGCCAUAGCCGAUUCUGUCAACUACCAGCUGGAACUACACAGCAUUGAGACCGGAGAUGCCCCAUUGGUGCAAGCUGCAGCCUCUGUGGUCAAAAACAUCAGCUACAAGUACAAGGAGGAGCUGUCAGCUCACCUGAUCGUUGCUGGAUGGGACAGGAAGAGGAAAGGACAGGUAUCUGUGCAUGAACAACAUUUAUGGUCUUCCCACUGACACCAGCUCUUAUCCUUCAGAGAAACCAGAGUGAGAUGUAUGUGAUUUAGAUAUCGCAAUUAAUAAACAAGAAAGUUCUCCAUCCUGUAUUUGGAAAUCCCAGAGAGAAAAAAAAACACAGUAAAACUUCUGAAUGGUGCAUUCUGGUCUGGCUUGAACUGUACAGCUCAGAGCAGUGCUCCAGUUCAUUUCCGAGUAUUUCUGUUUUUCUUAGUGUUUUUUCCCUCUGGAUAUAAGUGGAUGAGAAGAACAAUUCCUUCAAAUCUC